CGAACUUACAAACCAUCAGCUGAUCUGUCGGUGUUGUCAGAUGCUACUUUAUUCGUAAUAUCAAACCCACCCAUUUACUCAGCUUUACCAGCCCACUCUCGCAUCCAAUUAUUAGGCAGUGAGAGGGUCAACUGAGGGUUCAGGUCUGAACUGGAGGUAGUCAUCAUAUUAAGACUUCUGUACCUGCCAUCAACAAGCUUAAAUUCUUCGAUUUAUACUUAGCUUGAAAUUUGAACAAUAUUUCGACCUACGCUAAAGCAAUGUGAUCCAGCUGCGUCCUCAGAUGUCAGUGAAAGGAGUGUUGGUUACGGGGGCGGCAGGGUAUGUUGGGACCCAUGCAAUCACAGAGCUUAUCCAAGAAGGGUUCAAGGUCAUAGCUCUUGACUAUAGGCAGGAUGCACUUACAGAUGCUGCGGCUCGUAUAAAAGCAGUCACUGGGACGGAGAUUCAGGUCUUCUGUGUCGACUUAUGUGACAAACAUGAGAUUGCCAAUGUGUUUCAGCAGGUGGACGUUUCUCAUGUUUUACACCUGGCAGGGCUGAAGGCUGUGCGUCAGUCACACGGAAGCCCUCUUGCCUUCUAUAACGCCAAUGUUGUUGCCACCAUCAACCUUCUUGAGGUGAUGUUAGAACAUGGGGUGUGCAAUAUACUAUUCUCCAGCUCAUCAAAGGUUUAUGGCACACCCAGUUACCUCCCCCUAGAUGAGACUCAUCCCACAGGGGCGUGUACUAACCCGUACGGCCGGACAAAAUACAUGGUCGAGGAAAUUCUUAGGGAUACAGCAGCUUCAAACCAGAAUUUCAAGGUGACAGUCCUACGCUUCUUCAACCCCUGUGGGGCGCAUGGCUCAGGCCUUCUGGGGGAGGAUCGAAGCCAACCCCCUCAAAACCUUCUCCCCCUUAUAUGUCAAGUUGCCCUUGGUCGUCGGGAUCAUCUUACUGUAUAUGGCAGUGACUACAACACACCCGAUGGCACAGCUGUGAAAGCAUACACACAUAUUGCUGAUAUUUCUAGAGGUGUAUCAGCUGCCUUACAAUGUCCACAUAAGGACAAAAACUUCAGGGUAUACAACCUAGGAACAUCAAAAACCUAUUCUAUUCUGGAGCUGGUGAAAAUGUUUGAAAAUGUCUCAGGGAAAACGGUGCCUGUGGAAUUCUGUGGUAGAAAACCAGGAGAGAUUGGUGCAUGUUCAGCAGAUAAUUCUUGCGCCCACAGGGACCUUGGGUGGACUCCGCAAUUUGAUCUCAGGCGCAUGUGUGAAGAUAUGUGGAGAUGGGCAACUUCAACAGACCAACCUGAAAGUAACAUAUCGGCUAACCAAAUGUCAAAUAAGGGAAGCACCAAUCAGCAACCAGAAUCAAAGGGAACCAGUAGCCAAUCAAAAUUUAAAAGCACUAGUCAUCAACCAUGCCAGACUUGCCAGUUAUCAGAAUCCAGAGAUAUAAGCAUUGGAAACUAGUCAUGUUUUAGACACACAAGGUUUAUAUAGGCUACAAUUUUUUAUAUGAUAUAUCAAACAUGUCAACCUUACCCCUCUCGAUUGCCCCCGCUAGCAUAGUGAAGAUUUUCUUUAUGCUUAUUUUAAUAUUUUUUGGUUAACUGGAUAUAAGGCCAUUAUACCGAAGGUUCGCUGCUUCUGCUGUAAGGAGAAACAAAGAAGUGGCAGUAGACUCUAGAGCAGUUACCGAAAAACUAUGACAUAGAAGCGAACUUUGGAGUUAUGACUUUAAAACUAAGACAAAACAGCGCACUUUGGAGUUGUGGCAUCAAAACCAAGACAUAGUAGCAACCUUGGAGAUGUGCCAUUAAAACAUUGAAAAGACAUUGAAGCAAACUUUUGAGUAAUGGCUUUAAAACUAAGACAAAAUAUUGCACUUUGGAGUUGUGACAUCAAAACUAAGACAUAGCAGCAAACUUUGGAGUUGUGACAUAAAAACGAAGACAAAGUAGCAAAUUUUAGAGUAAUGACUUUAAAACCAAGACAUAAUAGCUAACUUUGGAGUUGUGACAUCAAAACUGAGACAAAGAAGCAAACUUUACAGUAAUGACAUCAAAACUGAGACA